GAAGCGGGAAGGGAGCGCGGGGAGCGGCGGGGUCGGGGCGUCCCAAGGGCGCCCUCGCCUCGGAGCCAGGCGUGGGUCCGGGGCGGAGGCGGAGGCCGGCGGGGCAGCCAGCGCGGAGAAGUUUGCCUGCGGAGGAGCCGGGCGUCCCGGGGUCGCGAAGCGGGGGCCGGAGCCAUGGGGGCGGACGCGGGCUGCUGGGCUGGAGCGGAGGCGGCGCGGCGCUCUCGGAGCCCCCCAAGCGCCACAGCGCAAAGUUAGCCUGGCGCCCCGGGACGAGCCCCGCAGCCGCCGGCCGCCCCUGGACCCUGCCUAGACAUGGGCGAGCACCCUAGCCCAGGUCCCGCAGUGGCCGCCUGCGCCGAGGCGGAGCGCAUCGAGGAGCUGGAACCCGAGGCCGAGGAGCGGCCGCCGCCGGCGCCGGAGGACCACUGGAAAGUCCUGUUUGAUCAGUUUGACCCCGGGAACACGGGCUACAUCAGCACAGGCAAGUUCCGGAGCCUCCUGGAGAGCCGCAGUGCCAAGCUGGACCCGCACAAAAGAGAGGUGCUCCUGGCUCUUGCCGACAGCCACGCGGAUGGGCAGAUCUGCUACCAGGAUUUUGUCAACCUGAUGAGCAACAAGCGAUCCAACAGCUUCCGCCAGGCCAUCCUGCAGGGGAACCGCAGGCUCUGCAGCAAGGCCCUGCUGGAGGAGAAGGGGCUGAACCUCUCCCAGCGGCUGAUCCGCCACGUGGCCUAUGAAACCCUGCCCCGGGAGAUUGACCGCAAGUGGUACUACGACAGUUACACCUGCUGCCCCCCACCCUGGUUCAUGAUCACAGUCACACUGCUAGAGGUUGCCUUUUUCCUCUACAAUGGGGUGUCACUGGAUCAAUUUGUGCUGCAGGUGACCCACCCACGGUACCUGAAGAAUUCACUGGUGUACCACCCACAGCUCCGAGCCCAGGCUUGGCGCUACCUGACAUACAUCUUUAUGCAUGCAGGGAUAGAACACCUGGGACUCAAUGUGGUGCUGCAGCUCCUGGUGGGGGUGCCCCUGGAGAUGGUGCAUGGAGCAACCCGCAUUGGGCUUGUGUACGUGGCUGGUGUUGUGGCAGGGUCCCUGGCAGUGUCUGUGGCUGACAUGACCGCACCAGUCGUGGGCUCCUCUGGAGGGGUGUACGCACUCGUCUCUGCCCAUCUGGCCAACAUUGUGAUGAAUUGGUCAGGCAUGAAGUGCCAGUUCAAGCUGCUGAGGAUGGCUGUGGCCUUGAUCUGUAUGAGCAUGGAGUUUGGGCGGGCUGUGUGGCUCCGGUUCCACCCAUCGGCCUACCCUCCGUGCCCGCACCCCAGCUUUGUGGCGCACUUGGGUGGCGUGGCUGUGGGCAUCACCCUGGGCGUGGUGGUCCUGAGGAACUACGAGCAGAGGCUGCAGGACCAGUCGCUGUGGUGGAUUUUUGUGGCCAUGUACACCAUCUUUGUGCUCUUUGCCAUCUUCUGGAACAUCUUUGCCUACACCCUGCUGGACCUAAAGCUGCCACCACCCCCCUAAGAAGCUGGAGGAUCUGAGGGGGGCAGGGAAGAGCAGCAUCAGAAAGGUGCAUCUGUGUUCUUUAUCACAUCACCAGCUCAGUGAGGCCGGAAGGAGAGGACAGGAGGUGCUGGGUGGCUGCAAUGUUUCUGUUUGGACUUGGAGACACUGAGACUUUUCUGAAAGGCACCUGCUGGAGGAGUUGGAGGUGGCCAUUGUUUCUUUAGACUGCUCUGAGGACAUCAAGCCAGGGCGAGGGCCUGGGGUGGGUAAGACUGGCCUCCUCCUUGGGCUAGACUUAUUCCAUGUGUCCCAGGGCCCUUUCCCUUGUCACAGACUAAAACAGCCAUCUCCCUCAUCGUCCACCUUGAGAGACCUAAGAGACAUAAGAAGGACUUGAGGUGGCAGUAGCCAGGCAGGCCCUGUCCAACCCAGAGGUAGUUACAAGCCAGGAGGUAUUUCCUCUGCAGCUGUUGUGUCUGGAGCUCUAGAGUGAAGGACCUGGUAGUGGACACAGUGACUUUGGCCUGGGGGAGCCCAGGCCACCCUCCUGUGCCUGUCAGCAGGCACUGAGGCAUGGCCUGUCAUGCUGGGGUGGGCAGAGAAGGAAGAGGCUGUAACUCCAGUAAGGGAAACCCCAGCAGGAGGGAAUAAAUUGCAUCCUAAGUUCCACCCUAGGAAAGGCCCAAUACCAACUUUAGACUGUUGUCUCCCUUUCUCCCAGAAUACUGACACCAUUGCCCCAGCCUUCAUGUCCCGCCUUGUUUAUAGGGUCUUUUCUUACCCUUCUACUGCCCUGGCCCCACAUUGUGCCUCUCCUUUGGAUAUGGAGACAGUAUUCUGACUACCCGUGUAUGUGUGUGUGCGUGUAUGUGGCCUAGUAAGCGGAGAAGCCUGUGUGGUGGGAAAGCGGAUGUGAGACUGGGGGAGGCUGCAGAGGAAGCUGGUAAGCGGCAGUGGGAGUAAAUGAGGAGCUCGAGAGGGUCCUGAGCAUCUUUGCUUAUUUUAGCAAAGCUUGCCUCCUCCUGGCCCAUUCCCCAUCCUUCCAAGCCUCUCCCUUGGAAUCACUGAUGAGGGACUGAACAAGAGAAUUGUUCGAGAUCAGGCCCUUCCAGGGGCCUUUGGGAUGCUGAGGUCUUCCUCACCUUCACCAAGUUCUGCUCUUGUUUCGCUCUGGGAUGACUGUCAUAUAUGCAGAUUCUGCUCUGUCUCCCUUGAGAGAGAAGGAACUUUGAUGGUGUGAGAGAGACUGAGGAAGAACUAUGGAAGCCAUGUGUUGGUUUGAGUUGGGGGAACAGGAGGAAUUUCACAUGGUGCGGGAAACUGCUGCUAGAGAAGAAUUGAUGAGUGUGUGAAUGAGUGCGGAAUGGAGGGAGGGUGGCCCUGUACCCACGGGGGUGAGUGCAGCUGUACACGCAUGCUUAGAGCUGGCAGGGAACUUGGAAAUUACCAAGCCCAUCCCACCCCCAUUUCACUAGUGAGAAAAGAGGAGAUCCCAGGCCCAGGCUGCAGCUCCUGGGCUUAUGCCUGACAGAGCUUCGGAGUCAGCUAGCCCAGGCAUUCAGGGAACUUUGGCUGCUGUGGCUUCCUGAACCCCGUGAUCACAUGUAAAUGAGCAGGGUCUUCUGCCCAGAGACGCCCCCAGUGCACCCCAAGCAAUGCCAAGCCCCUUGCCUAAUGCUAAAUCAAUUGUUUUGGUGCCCAUAUCUUUCUAAGCUGCUGCUACCCUGUGCCAACACUGUGCUGAGGACUGCUGGGUUAAGGUGGGUGGGCCCAGGUGGUGUGGGCUGCAUCAUUCUGGGGCAUCUUGUCUGUGCUGCCAACAACUAUCCCCCAAGAGAGAGAUGUCGAAAGAAGAGUCAACGUCUUAGUAGAGGGGCCCUGGUCAUGGGCUGGAGGGGUCCUGGCCCUUUCUGGGAGGUAGAGACUGUGGGUGCCCUGCUGAGAGGUAGGGCCUCCCCUCCAGAUCCUAUCCUGGCACCAGGGUGUCCAGGCUUGUGGGCAGUGGGAGCAGAGCCACCCUGCCUUUGUCUGGUGCAACCUAGAAAAGAGCCUUCCUCUCUGAGGGGUAAGACGCCUGCACUGGAAGCUUCUAGAAAGCCCUCCGAGAAGCAUCCAGUCCCUCAGGGCUUGAAUGGAAGCUUGUUACCCAGGACUGCCUGAGAGGGACAUCCCACCUGCCAUCCUGUUUGUCCCGGUGGAUUGGGACCUACUAAGGGAGCCCCAAGCACAUCUCAAGCCACCAGAACUAACUCUGCUUCCCUCAGCAGUGUCCCAAAUUUCUUUGGCCUGCUUGACACCCUCCUCCCCCACCCUUCACUUCCAAGCAAGGCCACCCAGUGCUGACAACAGCCACUAUUAACUACCCGGGACCAAGACAGCUAUCUGCUCAGCUUUGCUUUUCGGUGUGGACUUUGUCCACAGCAGUUGCCUUUCCUCCCUGGCCUCCUGCUCCCCAGUGCACAGCACCUCCUGAUAGCCCUCCCUCCCCUCAGUGUGGCGGCCCAGCAUGCCCGGAAGUAGAGGGUGGUAUGACUCUUCAGGCUGUGGAAAGAAGGAGGCCCUGCACCCACAGGGGUACAGAAAUUGAAAGCUGGGGAUUCCCCAAACAGCAGCCAUAGACUUGCCACUGGUUAAACGGAAGAGAAAACCAAACCUUCAAAGGAGAAAUUUUGCUUUAAUGACACCAUUAAUCAUUCAUUUUUUAAUUAGGAAAAGCUCCCUAAUGAGGCUCUUUGCCAGCUAAUAGAACUCUCAAUUUCCAUGAGAACCAUUCUUGCCCUGAGACUUAGGGGCGUCACUGUUCACCAAGCCUGGGAUCUUUCCCAGCAUCCAAUUUCCUUUGCAAAUAAUGCAGAUUCCUGGUGCAGCGGAAGCCUCUCCUGGCAUGGUGGGUGCUGCUCCCAGCACUGGCUGGAGAACACCCCCACACUCCUCUGCCUUAAAAACAGUACCCAGCUCUGAACUUGCCCCCAAGGACUUGAAUAAGUGGAAAAAUGAAACACAAGCUGCAAUGUUUGUUUCUAAAUAUUUUUGUAUUGUGUACAUUCUGUAUAUUUUUGUUGUAACAUAUUAUUUGAGCACAGAUUCCAUUAAAGAUUUUUUUUUUAAGCCAUCUGUUACUCAGGAAGUGAUCUGAAGUGGGUUGUAGAACCCGUCUCUUCUUGGACUGGGUCAGGGCAGCGGGAGGAUCAACAGCAGGGCUGCUGGGUCUACAGUUUUUUUUUUUAAGAUGUAUUUAUUGAUGCAUACAGAACUGGGGUACAGGCCAGA